AUGGAGGAUAAGCUGAAGCUCGUUGAGGCCGAGUCGGUGAAGAAGUUCGCCUUCUUCGGUGUUGCCGUCUCAACUGUGGCCACGCUAACAGCUAUCGUGGCAGUCCCAAUGCUCUGCAUUUACAUGCAGAACGUGCAGUCUGGUCUGCAAGACGAGAUCAACUUCUGCCGCACCAGAGCACAAGGACUCCGUGGCGAGUACACGAAGCUCGAGUCAUUCCGCAAGGUUGAGAGCCGAGAGAAGAGGCAAACUUAUCAGUGCUGCUCUUGCGGAAUGGGACCAGCAGGUCCGGUUGGAAAUCCUGGACAAGAUGGCGCCCCUGGAAAUGAUGGACGACCGGGAGCUCCUGGAGCUCCUGGACCUGAUGCUCCUAACGAUCAUGUCAUUCCUCGUGCUGAAGACUUUUGCUUCGAGUGCCCACCGGGACCUGUUGGUUCUCCUGGACAGCCCGGACCCAAGGGACAACCUGGUACCCCUGGAGCACCCGGAGACCAAGGACCGAAUGGACGACCAGGAGCACCUGGAGCCCCUGGCCCUCAGGGACCACCUGGACCUAGCGGAAACGAUGGCCAGCCUGGACAGCCCGGAGCUCCUGGUCAAGUGCGCACUGUUCCAUCUCCCCCUGGUCCACCAGGACAGCCCGGAGAGCCAGGACCACAAGGACCACCCGGACCGGACGGACGCCCAGGAAACCCUGGUACUUCUGGAUCCCCUGGACCUCAAGGAGACCCAGGACAGGAUGGAGCACCCGGAAAUCCUGGAGCACCUGGAGAGCCAGGAGCUCCCGGAAAGGACGGCAACAAGGGUUCUUGCGACCACUGCCCACCACCGCGUACUGCUCCCGGAUAUUAA